GGUGCUUUUUUUGUCCAUGCCUCCCAAGUAAAACCAGUGAUACUGUAAUAUAUUUUCUGAAAUUAUAAUAUUAUUUCCCAGCAGAUCAAGUGCAAAAAUUACACACAAAUAUAUAAUAAAGACAUUGAUUAACAGGUCUGUUAAUAAGAAUCAAGCAAAAAAGCAUUCCACUUGAUGUAGUUCAGAUAUAUAGUUUCUUCACAUGCCGGAUAAAGCCUUAAUGGGGAUGUGUGGUUUGAAGUUACUAAUCAAAUGAAGUUAUAUAAAGGAUAAUAUUCUGAUUUGCUAACCAGAUCAUAAGUUUUUCCAAUACGAGAAUUGUGACUAAUUAAUUAAAAUAAAUUUCUGACUCACGUCCAUUAAAUCGGAUCGCGUGUUCGAUCAAGUUAAAUUAAUUCUCCACGAAAGGGACUUCUUAACAUCCACAUUGACAAAUUUAGAGUCAAAAUCUUAAAUGAAUACACUCAACAUUGCAAAUUGCAAUUAAACCACAUAAUAUUAAUGGGGAGCAAAUUCAGAUUUGAGGGAUAUAAAUAUGAUCCAUGUGCCCUACCUUCUCUGAGGGAUUAUUUUUUGGUUCAUCAAAAUCAUCAUGUGAUCAAACUAGUCAUAUAGACGAGCCGUUAUUGGUUCGCGACCUGUCACUAUCUACCGGUCCUUUCUCGCCGAACAAUAGCUCGAGGCUCGCUGAUUGGACAACAAGUUGACUGAGUAAUUAGACAGUGUUGAACGGCCGACUAUGCGAGUGAUGACCGGCUAAGAUCACAUAACUCUUUGAUGAAAUCGAAUUCAAUGGUCUAUUGAAUUGAAGGGCACUGGAAUUUAAUCGCUUUUGAAAUGGAGUACAAGAUCGCCAUUUUGCUAUACAUGUACUUAAUUGGAUCCUGGUCACGCUUUUGUCAUUGGUCAAAGUCAUUCAUGAAAUUGUUUAUCGGGAUAUGAAUCACCAAAACCAAUUGAAUAUACCGAAGGAAUGAUUCACGAAAAUUCUAUAUAUUACAUUGACAAUAUACCAAAUACAACUUACAAGAUCCCGAUUACUAUGAACAAUCUCAGAAAUGAAUCACGUGAACGAUUGAUAAUUCAAAAUCUAUAAUGGAACUUAACGAGAUAUAUAUUCCGGCAAGUAUGUCCCAGAAUAUUAACAUUUCUUCCUUGAUACUAGCUUGGCACGAGUGUUAAACCGGCAUUCAACAUGAUUCAAGAAUUAUUGUUUGUACUAUAUGUUAAUAAUCUUUUAACUACCAUUCAAAAGAAGAGUACAGAGUGAAAUCAAAUCGAUUUUCAAAAUAACACUGCAUCCAAUAGGCCCUAUGUGAUUAGAAAAUUACAAUUUCCAUAUAAUGAUACAAACGCAUGGAACGCCAUGAUGACCAACAGUUGUCAUGUAUUCAUUUUACAAAACGGACAAAUACAAUGUUCACUGUAUACAUACGACGACAUAAUGAUAUAAGAUUCAUUCAUAUUUGCUGGUAUUAUUCCAACCAAAAUUUCAUAUUAAUAUAGAUUGUUAUCAAUAUUUACCUAUCCAAUUAUCAUUGGGGGAAUGCUAUAUACUCCGUAUAAAAAUGAGGGUUUAUUUUUAGUGGAAAUACAGAAAGUACAUGAAGCAAUUUCAGAACAUAGAUAUGAUAAAGAAUAAUCUUGAUCGCAGCCUGCUACUAACCAAGGGACACAAAACAGCUGCUACUAUGGUAACAAAGGUGCAUGGAAACGCGUUAUGAGGACAUUUGGUAAAGAACUUAUACAGGGAUUGGUCGAGAUACAAUAGAUAUAAUUAAAAAAACACUAAAAACAAAAAAAAUUGUGAAAACAAAAUAUUGUAAGGGUAAAAGGAUUAUACGCUUUAAUCAAAAUAAAGGCGUUGGCCCAGGUCAACGUGUAACAUGUAAACAAAGUGUUUCAUGGCAACAACAUGUUUUGAGGUAACAAUUGAGAAGGGGGACAUGCUGGUAAGUGGAAUAGGAGUGGAGGUACACACCUGUGUUGGGGCAGACCAUGGGCAUUUCUUCGUCCAAUCUCAGGGAGUCAGCAAUUCGUGAUGCAGCAGUACAGUGCAGUGGUAUAUUGCUCCUUCCCAUAUCACCUCUAAAGUGACGAUCAAUCCACAGCUCGUCUGUCUAUCAUAACUGAGCAAAAACUGCUUUCCAGAUCUCUUGGAUCAGACCAAAGAUAGAAGAAGGGAAAUGACGAGCAUGACAUGUGGGCAGCAAUAAGUAAUUUCAGGAUGCCUGCAGAAUGGGAGCAGAGAAUUCACCCAAACCUUCGGAGGAUUUGUUGGAUACACCAACAUCAAAGGUGUCUUGACCUAUCUAUGAUCGUUUUGCGGUGGUGAAAACACUUCGAGGGGAAACCCUAUGCCAAUAUUCAGGAAUAUUACCAGCAAAAGAGGAGAGAGAAACUGUGUCUCUGUACCAUGUUUUUCAUGCGGAAGAGGACCGAAGAAGAAUUGGAGAUACCAGGAACCCCACCAUCCUCGUCACCUGCAUCCUUAGAAACCACACCUAUGAUGACAGUGUCGCCGGGAGCAACGAAUGCAGUCCAUUUCUAUCUGCAGGAUGGACCCCGAACAUGCAAGUGCUCUUGUUCAUAGCAUGUGUAGUAGGUUCAUGUUCAUAUAGGAACGUGUAAACGAUGGACGGUGCUCGAAAUACAGACAACGAAGAGGAGGGGAUGAAUGAGAACAUAACAGACAUCAUCAUCUAGAGGAAGAGGGGGAGGAGGAGGAACGGAGUAAUACCGAUUCAGACCAGUCUUCUGUCCAUACCAAGUCAAGAUCAGAAUGGCACCCAUCAUCGAAAACCGUGAUUCCCAUGCUGAGGACAAUGUUCACCAGUCUGCUGACAAUUUGAUCAACGGUUUUAUUCAGGGACCUUCUGUUAGCGAGUGCAAUACCUCAGAGCAACCAACUCAAGUUUUUAAUAUGGAAGAGCAGGAGGAAGGCGAGAUCCCACCAUCUCCAACACCAUCAGUUCUCGAAACGCCCCAGUUGAUCAACGUGUCGCCGGGUCUAUACGACGACGCCAGUCCAUUUCUCCCUGUAGGAUUUGCCCCUGAAAGAACGAGCACCCCUGUUCCUAGGAGACGAGCUUCGUUGGACGGGAUCAGGGCAAGGCUGUUUGCAGACGGUGACGAAGAGGAGCAGGAGAGAUCAAACAGCGUCAUACUGGUAGAAGAGAAGUACAGUGGAGACGACGACGACGACGACGAAGCACCGAUGCAGGAGGCUAGGGAAACACCUUCGGCGAAUGGCAAGUCUUUAAUAUGGAAGUACAGGAGGAAGGCGAGAUCCCACCAUCUCCAACACCAUCAGUUCUCGAAACGCCCCAGUUGAUCAACGUGUCGCCGGGUCUAUACGACGACGCCAGUCCAUUUCUACCUGUAGGAUUUGCCCCUGAAAGAACGAGCACCCCUGUUCCUAGGAGACGAGCUUCGUUGGACGGGAUCAGGGCAAGGCUGUUUGCAGACGGUGACGAAGAGGAGCAGGAGAGAUCAGACAGCGUCAUACUGGUAGAAGAGAAGUACAGUGGAGACGACGACGACGACGACGAAGCACCGAUGCAGGAGGCUAGGGAAACACCUUCGGCGAAUGGGUUCGUCCAUUUAACAGUUAAUAUUCUAAUUUUAAUGCGUGUUGCAUUAACCAGGAGAAUACAUACCCUUACUCAAGAAAGUUGCGAGGGGUGUCAAAAUGACUGUCUGGCGCAAAAAUACCACUACGAAUGUUUAUGGUUAGACUGGGGGAAAAGGUUGAAAGAUUUUUUUUGGACGCUGUUUUGUCAACCAACGAGAAGGAUUUUUUUGAAGUGUUAUAAGAAAUUUUUAAUUGGGAUUUGUUGUAUGAUUGCGACAAAGAAUUACUCACUACAUAGAUGGUGGAAUUUGUAUUUUUCCAUUAUAUGAAAGAAGACAUUUUAAAUGAAAUCAAAAAUAUGCUAUUUAUCAAUUUGAUUUUAUUAAGAGAGGGGAUGGUGGGAUAUGUAGAAAGUAUCUUAGUGAGAUAUAUUUAUAUUAAAUUGGAUGGAUUUUAACGUGACUGAAUAGUAAACUGCAUUUAUGUAUCUAAAUUAAUUAGGUAGAGGGGUUGAAACCCAUUUUUUAUAGUCUAAGUUUGUUGUUAUAUAUAUAUAUAUAUAUAUUAACUUAUAUUAACUUUGAGUUUUGGAUAUGUUAUGUUGAUACAAUACAAUGAUAGGGGUUAACCUAUUCGAACAUUCUUGUACCUUUAGAUGAAAGAAAUAAAAGAAAAUAAUAUAUAAAGAAAGAAAAUAAAGAAAUAAAGAAAAUAAAGAAAGAAAUAAACAAGGUCAAACAUCAACAAUGCAAAAAUACAUUAGGCAAAAUUCAUAAAAGUUUUCGGGUGGUUGAGGAUUGUAUACAUUAUGUUGAUUUUCAUUGUUGUUAAUUUAGUUCACUUAGUUUGUUGUUAUAUAUCCUGGUUUUUGAAAUAACGAUGACCAGUAGAUUAAAAAGACAAAAGUAGAGUUAGGAAAUUUACAAGCACAAAGAAGAAAAAUAAACCCUCACAAGAGCCAAUAGUAUAAAAAUGAAUGUAUAGCUACGUUGAAUUUUAUUCAUUGAUUAUUUAAUUUACAUACUGUUUGUUGUUUAUGUGUUGUAAUUUUCUUAAAACUUUACAUUGAUACAAUUCAAGGGUAAUUUUUUUCUUGUGACAAACAUUCAAGAAAUAAUCAGGAAAAAAGGUUGAGUAGUUUAAUAUAUAUUUUUUUUACAGAGCAUAAUACAAUGAUAUAGAUAUUUAUGUUGACUUUUAUUUAUGUCAGUUGAAUAUUAAGUUAAGUUUUUUUAAAGUGUUAUUCAGUAUAUAACCAA